UUCUGCUGGCUAGGAUUAAACCGCCAUAAACCCCUAUAUAUACCCCCGCCUCGAGAUAUUUUCAUAGCUCAUCGUUUCCAUCAAAGGUUUCAAAGGAGUAGGCUACGCUUCAGACCAGCUUUCAUUGCCCGUAUUUCUAGUUUUCAUCCAGCAAAGUACAUGGUUGAACUUGAUCUCCAGAUUCCAUCUGCUUUUGAUCCAUUUGCUGAGGCCAAGGACUCAGGCGCGCCUGGGGCAAAAGAGUAUGUACACAUUCGUAUACAGCAGAGGAAUGGAAAGAAGAGCCUGACUACUGUCCAAGGACUGAAGAAGGAUUACAGUUACGAGAAGAUCCUCAAGGAUCUCAAGAAGGAGUUCUGCUGCAAUGGGAAUGUUGUGCAGGACAAAGAGCUUGGCAAGGUUAUUCAACUGCAAGGUGAUCAGCGAAAGAACGUGUCCAAUUUUCUCGUCCAGGCUGGGCUUGUGAAGAAGGAGCAGAUCAAGAUACAUGGUUUUUGAGGAAUUGGGGUAGUUGUAAUUGUAGAGGUGCUUUAGGGUGGGUCAGCUGAGGAGUAGUGGCUUGUUAUAAUAACAGCUGGUCUGCACCUGAUAAAAAGAGUAUUAGUUUGUCAUCCUUGUAAGGUGUUUUCUCUGCAUGUUCUCCCUGCCAAAAGGCUUUAGUUUGUGUUUGCUGGUAUUAUUUCAAUUGGAUGUACUGGAUUUGCCUUAUAUAUAAUGAUAAUGAUAAUGGAUGGUUUCAUUCUAA